ACGAAAUUAUGCACGGGUUCGACGUCCAAGGGUUCGCCUACAAUGAAGAUAACGAAGCUCACAGCUGGGCAACGCCAGAGGCGAUGCAGCACUACCUCAAUGAAGCGCUCUGUUUGCGGGAAUCGCACAAAAGGGCACAGCUGCACAUCGAACCGCAGUCCCGGCAGGAUAUGCUCAACGACACAGCCGACUCGGAGAACCUAGCCGACCUCGGUGGGACUUUGAUGGCGUUCAGUGCCUUUGACACGCUCGCGCCGUCGCAGCGCGACGUCGUGCUGCCGGCUGUCAAUUUGACCGCUCGACAGCUGUUCUUCGUCUUCCAGUGCGCCAAGUGGUGCUACUACGGCGGCAGCAAGAGCGGUCGGCACGCCAGCGGCAGGUACCGCUGCGAGGUGCCGGCCAUGAAUAUGGACGAGUUUUCCGAGGCGUUUCGCUGCAAGUCGGGCGAUCGAAUGUACCCCGUGAAUAAAUGCGCAUUAUGGUGAU